AUGAGGCGGGGGCUGCCGCUGCUGGCCCUGGCCGGGCUGCUGCUGCUGGGGCGGCCGCCCGCGGCCCGGGGGGCGGCCUGCGAGCCGGUGCGCAUCCCGCUCUGCAAGCCGCUGCCCUGGAACAUGACCAAGAUGCCGAACCACCUGCACCACAGCACGCAGGCCAACGCCGUGCUGGCCAUGGAGCAGUUCGAGGGGCUGCUGGGCACCAACUGCAGCCCCGACCUGCUGUUCUUCCUGUGCGCCAUGUACGCGCCCAUCUGCACCAUCGACUUCCAGCACGAGCCCAUCAAGCCCUGCAAGUCCGUCUGCGAGCGCGCCCGCGCCGGCUGCGAGCCCGUCCUGGUCCGCUACAGCCACGCCUGGCCCGACAGCCUGGCCUGCGACGAGCUGCCCGUGUACGACCGCGGGGUCUGCAUCUCCCCCGAGGCCAUCGUCACCGCCGAGGGCGCGGAUUUCCCUAUGGAUUCUAAUAACGGCAACUGUAGAGGCGUUGAGCGCUGCAAGUGCAAGCCAGUGAAAGCUACCCAGAAGACCUACCUACGGAACAACUACAACUAUGUCAUCCGCGCUAAAGUGAAGGAGGUGAAGACUAAAUGCCACGAUGUCACUGCAGUGGUGGAAGUAAAGGAGAUCCUGAAAUCUUCCCUGGUCAACAUCCCAAAGGACACUGUAAACCUGCACACGAAUUCUGGCUGCCUGUGUCCACCCCUCAGUGCCAAUGAGGAAUACAUCAUUAUGGGCUACGAGGAUGAGGAGCGCUCCAGGUUACUCUUGGUGGAAGGCUCCAUAGCUGAGAAGUGGAAGGAACGUCUUGGUAAAAAAAUAAAGCGCUGGGACCAGAAGCUGCGGCAGGCGGGCCGGGGGCGGGCCGAGCCCGGCCCCAGCGCGGCGGCCCCGAAGCCCGGCGGGGCCCGGCAGGCUCGGAGCGGGGCGUGA